AUGCAUACCACUAAUACCGUGGGCACUUCAUUAGAAGAGAAUUCAAAUGAAAUUGAAUCACCAAAUGAUUGUGAUGUCACAAUUACCCCAGAUCAAUUGGAAAACCAAAGACAAAAUGAAGACGAUGACAAACUAGAAGGUAUUGAUUCAACAACUAAACCUAAACAAGCAACAGGUGCUCCGUUGAAAAUCAAAAAGAGAAAAAGUUGGUAUUACCCAUUUAUAAAUCGAACAUCAAAGUCUAAUGAAGUACAAUCCGCACCUCCUAUAAAAGAACCAUCUAGUCAAUUACAAAGAUCAAGAAGCUUUUUCUUUAGAGUGAAGUCAGAACCUGCUGUUCCUCCUCCAGUCACAACAGCACCAUAUUCGACACAUAUUAGAAGUUCUGAAUCAGAUCAAGCAGAGGUAUUAUCAUCCACAUCAAUGGAUAAAAGUAGAAAGUUGAAUUCCGUUGUCUAUGCAAAUCAUCUUGAAGAAUAUGAUUUCCCUAUACCCAUCGUUUAUGGAAACUAUUCAGGAAACCCAAUAUGUAAUUCAGCAAUCAAGAACCCUCAUUCAUUUUUUAAUCAACUUAUCACCCAUCAGUUUGUUCUGAACACUGUUGAAACGUCUUACAACACUUGGAUAGUUUGGGAGUGUCAAGAUAAAAGAGAAAAGAGAAUAGUAAGACCUAUUGAUAAUAUAGAGCAAUAUCAUGAACUCAUGAAUGAAUUUGUUUAUGACCACAUAGUGAUUAUGCGUAAACUGUUGGUCCCCAACUUUAAUUAUUUCCGAAACGGAUAUCUACUUAGAAUUAGAGUGAGCCACGGGAAGAAUGACAGAAAGAAUGCAAUUCAAUUAUAUUUUCAACUUUGUGAGGAUUCGAUAUUUAGAAAAUUUCCUAGACCAGAGAUCAAAAUAAAUGUUUGUGGGAUUGAAUAUCAUGAGAAAUUACCAAAAUUAACAGAAAUAGCUUGCUGGAUUCACCCAAUUUGGAAAAUGUCUUUUAGCAUUACUGAUCAAGUUAGUUUGUUGUUAAAACUGAUGAGAUAUACCGGUCUGAUACAACAAAUAACCUUAGUUGAUAUUAACAACCAUUCCAAAGUAUAUAUAAAGAGUAGAUUUUUUGCUUGA